UACAACACGUAGCGAUGAAGCCAGGAGGAUCAGCAUUGAAUCCCCACGCAGCAGCUUACGUACCACUCUCCAAAAGAGAGGGUGCUUCUGCUUCUGCAAAGCCUGCUGCUGCUUCCACACAUCACGUGCAGUACCAACCCUACGGAGCAUAUGGUUAUGGAGACCAAGGUUCUCAAAUGUACAUGCCAAAGACAACAUACUCCUCUGAUAAGCAGUUGAGGGAUGAGGAUUUGGAGAUGGACAUGGAAAUUGAGUACCUUUCAGCCACGUUCUUUGAUUUGUCACAUGAGUCUAUCAGUGAUGUCUACUUGGCCAACAAUGGUGAUCUUGAUGCAACUAUCGAAAUGCUGAAUCAGCUCGAGAUUUACAGUACUGAAGCGCAAGAAUACCUUCCAGACACACUGGACAUUGGUGAUGUACCUGAAACCAUCACGCCUUCAACUUCCUCAGCUCCAGAACAAAAGAAAGUGAGUAAUGAAGCAAGCGCAUCAUCAACAUCCUCGGGUACCCUCAAAGCUCCUGUGUCUUCCUCCUGAUUUGAUCAGUCACUAAAUCUGAAGUAUUAUAAAUUUCUUGCAAUGGAUAUGAUAUCAUAUGAAGCUUGAUGGUUAUCUUAGGAGAGAUCUCUUUCUAUGUUUUCCUCAUCCUCCCCUGCUUUGUUUCCUGGGGAGAGAGAGUACAAAAAUGUAUAGCUUUUUUUUUUUGGAAUAUUACAAGUUUGGGUGUUGAGAAUUGGGAUUGUUCUUAUGGUGGACAAAAGCUAUGAAUCAAUUAGCCUUUCUACUC